AUGAAGAGGCCCCGCUGUGGGGUGCCUGAUCAGUUCGGGGUACGUGUGAAAGCCAACCUGCGUCGGAGGAAGCGUUACACCCUGACGGGAAAGACAUGGAACAGUCACCACCUAACCUUCAGCAUCCAGAACUACACAGAGAAACUGGGCUGGCACAACUCGAUGGAGGCUGUGCGCAGGGCUUUCCGUGUGUGGGAGCAGGUCACGCCCCUGGUCUUCCGGGAAGUAUCCUAUGAUGACAUUAGGCUUCGGAGGCGAGAGGAGGCUGACAUCAUGGUACUCUUUGCCUCUGGUUUCCAUGGCGACAGCUCACCGUUUGAUGGUGUGGGUGGCUUUCUGGCCCACGCUUAUUUCCCCGGCCCUGGUCUGGGUGGGGACACCCAUUUCGACGCAGAUGAGCCCUGGACCUUCUCCAGCACUGACCUGCAUGGAAUCAGCCUCUUUCUGGUGGCAGUGCAUGAGCUGGGCCAUGCACUGGGGCUGGAGCACUCGAGCAACCCCAGUGCCAUCAUGGCACCAUUCUACCAAUGGAUGGACACCGACAACUUCCAGCUGCCUGAGGACGACCUUCGGGGCAUCCAGCAGCUGUAUGGCUCCCCAGAUGGUAAGCCACAGCCCACCCGGCCUCUCCCCACUCUCAGGCCCCGACAGCCAGGACGGCCAGACCACCAGCCCCCUCGGCCUCCCCGGCCACCAUAUCCAGGUGGGAAGCCAGAGAGGCCCCCCAAGCCAGGGCCCCCACCCCAGCCCCGAGCCACAGAGAGGCCUGACCAGUAUGGCCCCAACAUCUGCGAUGGCAACUUCGACACAGUGGCUGUGCUUCGUGGAGAGAUGUUUGUGUUCAAGGGCCGUUGGUUCUGGAGAGUCCGGCACAACCGGGUUCUGGACAACUACCCCAUGCCAAUUGGCCACUUCUGGCGUGGUCUGCCAGGGAACAUCAGUGCUGCCUACGAGCGCCAGGAUGGACAUUUUGUCUUUUUCAAAGGUAACCGCUACUGGCUUUUCCGAGAAGCCAAUCUGGAGCCUGGCUACCCACAGCCACUGACCAGCUAUGGUACAGACAUCCCCUAUGACCGCAUCGACACAGCCAUCUGGUGGGAGCCCACAGGUCACACCUUCUUCUUUCAAGCAGACAGAUACUGGCGCUUCAAUGAGGAGACACAACAUGGAGACCCUGGCUACCCCAAACCCAUCAGUGUCUGGCAGGGGAUCCCUGCCUCUCCCAAAGGGGCCUUUCUCAGCAACGAUGCAGCCUACACCUACUUCUACAAGGGCACCAAAUACUGGAAAUUCAACAAUGAGCGCCUGAGGAUGGAACCCGGCCACCCUAAAUCCAUCCUGCGGGACUUCAUGGGCUGCCAGGAGCAUGUGGAGCCCCGACCACGAUGGCCCGAUGUGGCUCGUCCACCCUUCAACCCCAAUGGGGGUGCAGAGCCUGAGGCAGAUGGUGACAGCAAGGAAGAGGAUGUCGGUGACAAGGACGAAGGCAGCCGAGUGGUAGUGCAGAUGGAGGAGGUGGUUCGGACAGUGAACGUGGUGAUGGUGCUGGUCCCCUUGCUGUUGCUACUCUGCAUACUGGGCCUGGCCUUUGCCCUGGUGCAGAUGCAGCGCAAGGGCGCACCCCGAAUGCUGCUCUACUGCAAGCGCUCCCUGCAGGAGUGGGUGUGAUCACAUACCACCCCCAGCACCCGGUGCUCAGGUCCGCAGGGGCAGGCAUGUGUGGCUCCCAGAUACUUUCUCAGCCCAGCGGGGUCCCCUCCUAGCCACACACAUCCCUUGUCAGUCCUGCCCCUACCCUCUUUUAUUUAUGCCAGGGGUGUCUUUUUCUUUGGCACCUUCUCUCAGCGUUUGUUUCUGCUUUCCUGACUGGGGCCAGGUGAGGCUUGGAGUUCUCUGAGUGUACUGCUCCAGACAGGGACUAAGGGACAGAGGCUUACCUCUGGAAGGUGGCAGAGGGCUGGGAAGCUUCUUCAGCUCUGGCUCUCCUCAGCCUGAGCCUCUCCUCCCAUGACAAGAGCUGUGUUUGCCUUGAAGGAGCCCAACUGGGGCUCUACCCUCCUGAAUUUGCCUUAGGAAGAGCAUAUGGCCCAGGGGCCAUCCUGAUUACCUUGCUGCUUGGCUCCUUCUUAGGCUACUUCUGAGAGCCCAGAAGCCUGAAAGCCUUCCCUCAUCCUGGCCAUCAGCAGCUCCCACAUGUCCCUAGGCCUGCAGCUCCUUUCUGCCAGGAAUGGGCCCUGGACCUGUCUCACCAAGGACCAAAGGGAGCCUGCUGAGCUCCCCUCCCAAUGCUAGUGACUAGCCUCUCCUCCCCUAGGCUUCUCACAUUGUCUUUCAUCACCCCCCCACAAGUCUCAGGAUGCUGAGUGCUCCCUCACCCUCUGGCUUCUGCUGUCCCAUCCCAUCUCUUGGAGAGAUGGGGCUGGCGGACACACAGAAUAGGGUACCAGAGGUCCCCAAACAGUGCCUAAUGGUAUGGGUGCCCAGGAUGUCAUAGACCAGACUUGUUGGCCUCCUCCCCUCCAGAUCUCUCUCCCCACAUGACACUACUAGGCACAGCCCAGCAACUCACCCCUCACCCCACACAGACUGUAAACCCCCCAAAGGAGUCCACUAUGGCCUGGGAAGUCUGUCCUAAGGGUGAAAGGGGGCCUCCCUUCCUCUUCCCGUUCUGAAGUCAGCAGGAGGCUUCUGUGGGAAAUGGUACUGUACAGCUGGCUCUGGUCCCCUCUGCCUCCCUAAAGCCUUGAGAAGUGAAGGGCUGCCACCACCCAGCAUCCUCUGGGCCACCACCUCUCUCAGAUUGGUGGAUUCUCAUAGCCUGGCACUGGAGGUGGGGGGUGUCCAGCAACACUCUCUAGACAUCACCUCUGCAGAACCUGAGAGCCAGCAAGGGGUGGGGACAGCAUCCACCCCCAUCGUUUAGUUCUGUUAAAUAAUCUGCACUGAUUAAAUGUACA